UGGGAAGGAGAAAGCGGGAGGACGGGAGGAGCAGGCGGGUCGGCGGUCAGUCCCCGAUAAUUGCUGUGGCACCGCAGACUCCCGCGCUCCCUCCCGUCUGAGUCGCCGCCGCUACCAGGAGGCGGAAGGAAGUGGAGCAGAGUGUCAGAGAGCAGUGGUGGAGCUAGUCAGUCGUGCCUCAGCCUUGGGAGUGGGAGGACACGCGGCGCUCCCUCGUGCACUCAUCUCGCCUGCUCGCCACUCUGAGAUUCGAUUCAGAGUGCAAGAUUUUUUUGUACCUUCCCCGUUCUCAUCACUCGUCGCGUGUCUUGAUGUAAUUCCUGCAGUGACUUAGAGCGCAGAUAUCGUAGUUUGUGCUUGUGUGCAGGAUACAUGAGACUUUGUGCAAUGUGAAAGGAAAAGGUGGAUGGUGCAAAACGCGGUGUCAGUGUUGAGGCCCCGCGUGUCGGAGAGAGCAGGUGCGUGUAGUCGUGGGUGAUUGCAGGUGAUGAGUGUGGUGACAGUGAAGAGUAAGACGUGAGUAGCCCUGGGUGUUAGUGAGGCGCCCACCACCACACACCAUGAAAGACACCGAGCCCCUCACCCCUGAGCCUCACGGGCGGCUCAGACACAAAUCCAGUCCGCUUUUCUGGCCGCUGCUGUGCGCUGUGCUACUGGUGCUGGCGAUAGCUCAGGCAGCCUCCUUCUUUUUCCUCUUCGGCCGCCUGGAGGAGCUUCGUGGCAAACUGGAGAUAGCCACUGCGCAGGGCGGCCGGCGAGAGGCAAGGGUUACCCGCGACCUCGAGGACUUGCGCGAGCGAGUGGAUGGUCUGGCCAAGGAGUGUCACCAGGCCAAGGCAGACCACACCAGCCGCUCACCCACGCCGCCCCCACACCCGCCCCCGCAGAAACACUACCAGAAUCCUCUGAGGAAUCUGGCUGGUGCGGGGCGCGUGAAGAGGCGCGCGUCGGACCCGUCCUACGGCAUCAAUGGUGCGUUGGGAGGCGACAGCGACGAGCUGAGCGUGCAGCUGCAGGGAGAGGAGGGCAGCGAGCGUGACGGCACGGACAAGUCUUGGCUGCAACUCACCUCGUACGCCAGGCUGCCGGACCAGGACGACUACGAAGCCAUCCAGGAAUUCUGCACCCGCACCCACGCCUCCUGCCCGCCUGGCCCAGCUGGAGACACUGGCCCCGUGGGUGCGCCUGGGGACCCUGGCCGCGAUGGGGAGCGGGGUGACCGAGGGCUACCGGGUCAGCGAGGACCCGUCGGCCCUAAGGGGGAGCACGGGAAGCCCGGACCACCAGGCAUGAGGGGACCCAAGGGAGAGAUUGGUCUUCCAGGUGUGCCGGGGCUGGACGGGCGGGACGGGCUGCCUGGCGAGCCUGGCCUGGACGGCAUCCCGGGUCGCAAUGGGCUGGACGGGACGCCGGGUAUGGACGGACUGUCAGGGUUCAACGGGUCGGCGGGAAAAGAUGGCAGGGAUGGCAUCGACGGUAUUCCCGGCACCAAGGGGGAGAAGGGCGCCCGCGGACCUCCAGGCUUGAGAGGUAUCGCCGGGCCGCGCGGUCGCCGAGGUAAGAACGGCACGCCAGGUGAUGCGGGUCUGCCUGGCAUUUGCGCUUACAGGGUCAACAACGAGUCCGUCACUGAGCUGCUCAUCGCGCCCUCCAUAGCAGGCGCGGAUGGGUCGCGGCGGCGGGAGCGGCGGCCCAUCGUGGUGCGGGAAGGCGACAACCUGAGGCUGAGGUGCCAGGCGGAGGGCGAGCCGCUGCCGCAGGUGGAGUGGACCCGCUCAGACGGUGGUGUCAUUCCCGUCGGACAGUGGAAGGAUGGCUCGGUGACUGGACGUAUGCUCAACCUGACGCACGUGCACAGGGUCCACACGGGCACGUACAUCUGCGAGGCGUACAACGGCAUCCCGCCCAACGCCAACAAGACCUUCACUGUCGAGGUGCACUUCGACCCUUACAUAAGAGUCAAGAAGUGGAAGGUUGGCGUGCACAAUGGGUCGACUGCUAAGCUGGAGUGCGACGUCGAAGCUUUCCCCCUGGCUGUCACCUACUGGGAGGACGAACACGGCUUGCUCCUCGAAAACUCCACCAAGUACAGCAUCUUCUACCACCAGGACCACGACUCUGUGUGGAAGUCCGUCAUGAGCAUCAGUAUCUUCAACGUAGACCGCGCGGACAUCGGAGACUACCACUGUGUCGCCAAGAACGAGCUCUCCAUCACCCGCGGCCUAGUGAAGCUCUACGAGAUCGACCCCAACCUGCACCACCCGUCCACUGGCUCGGAGGAGAGUCUCACCUUCGGCCCAGACCCUCCCAGCUUCACCGACCUCUUCGACCUGUGUCCGCCGCGAGCCGAGUGCGAGGAGUGCCCCAAGACGCCCAAGUGUGCCGAGGGUCGAGGGGCGCUCUUCGGCCUCAGCGUGGAGCAAUACGGCAAUGUUACCUAUCCCGGGUUUCGCAAUAGGAGCUCAGACUGCAUGCUGGCGGCGGUGGGCAAGCCAGUCUAUCAUCGCCACACUGACUCCAUCUACGGCUCCUGGAUGCGCGACCCCCACCCGGCAGACCCCCAGCAGGAGCCUCGGUUCUGGACUACCAACCCCGCCGACCCGAUGCGCCUCUUCGAGUUCGCUGACAAGAACCGCUACCGGAAGAACCAAGCCAGCAAGAACUACACCCUGCCCGUGCCUUUCGUUGGCAACUCGCAUGUGGUGUACAACGGCUCCUUCUACUACCACCACAAGGGGCACCAGAGGAUCAUACGUUACGACCUGCUAACUGGCUCCUACUCCUCGGUGGCUGUGCCCGCGGUGGCAACGGAGGGCCAGAAUUUCCUGUACCGGGUUAGCAUGGACUACAUCGACUUCAACACGGACGAUAACGGGCUGUGGGCGAUCUACGGGCUGCCAGUGAACAACAACACGGUGGUGAUGAAGCUUGAUCCCUGGUCCCUCAAGGUGGAGUACAGCUGGAAUAUUCCCCUGAGCCACAAGAAGUUCGGCGACCUCUUCAUCACGUGCGGGGUCCUGUACGCCAUCGACAGCGCCACGGAGAGAGACACGAAGAUCAGAUUCGCCUUCGACCUGUACCGCAAGAGGCUGCUAGAUGUGGACCUGCCCUUCAACAACCCCUUCAGGAUGACCACCAUGCUCGGCUACAAUUUCGACACCAAGGAGAUCUACUCGUGGGACAACGGCAACCAGCUCACCUAUCCCGUGAAGGUGAUCGACAUAGGCUACAACACCCCGGAUGAGGAUCGCAGCGCAGCGGACUCCAGCCAGCACUUCCCGGCAGCAGAGGACGUGCACAUCGACCCUCUCUCCUCCAGAUUCAGCUAGCAGGAGGCCGAACCAGCGCCCCUCCUCACGUGAUCCUCUCUGACGAGCUCUAUAGUGACCUUGUUCUCAGACUUUAUACUCCAACCCGCUUAGACGGCCACCACCACAACCAUCACUGCUAAGAGGAAUCUCUAUCCAUGGUUUUUAAAGUCUCCGAGGAGGGACGUGUACUAUGUCGGCAUAUAAUGAUGGACUCUCGCCUCACAUUGUCUACGAUGUUUAGAACGUGUGCCUGUGUUGGUAGCACUAUAGUGUUUCUACCCUAACCAUGUCGUCAGUGAUUGACAAACCGCGACUCUCGAUGCUGUAACAGUCUGUUCAUUUUCACUUGACGAACAGACUCCUCCUUUUCAUCUUUUUUUUUUUCGAUCUCCUUUUCCCCUGAUUUUUUUUUUUUUUUCGAUUCAUGUUACUUUUAUUUAUUUUUUUUUAUUUUUUUUUUUUUUUUAGAUAAUCGUACAGACACUCCAACCCAACCCACCUCCAGACGCACGUGACUAGCGACUGUCUGUAGAGGAAGGUGGAAGCUACAUGAAGAGGGACAGAGUUUCUAUCUAGUUCACCUUUAACAGACACAUGUGACGCCCCUUCAUCAAGUCAGGACAAAACUAACUAGACUAAUGACUGUCACUCGCCUUAUUAAGUCAGAAAAAAAAAGAAAAAAAAAGAUAUCCAGCCUUACUAACGUCUUCAAAGUUAUUAAUUACGACACUAAGUUCUUGCUGCUGUUCAAGUCAUGCAGCAGUAAAGAGUAAACCUUUUUAACUACCAUGGGUCCUCCGCACAUUUCAUAAGAAGGGUAUUACACAAGUUCAGAGCAUAAUUCAAUAAGGCACAACUUUCAGCUAAAGAAAUUACCAAGUAGUUCAAACUCUUUCCUGCCUGUAGUUAUAUUUCUGGUCCGUAACGUGAUCUAUGCUGAUUUAAACAAAAUAUCAAGAGUUACAUUCCCAUUAGCAGUCAAAGGCUUAAUAUUCUUAGGGAGAAACAUCGUAUUUCAGUACUUGUUUUUUUUUUUCGGCAAGUCUGAACCCUCCUCUGGCCUAAAUAACUGGUAACCCCGACUGGACAACUGCCUCAGAGAAAAUGCAUGUACGCGACGAAGGGGUGACUAUUGCAGGACUUCCAGCACCGAUACCAUCAGCACCACGAGCCUCAGCCUUACUGCGCCAACUUUUAAUCUUGUUUUACCGCCAGGGCAGUUACCUACAGCGGCAGAAAAGACAUCAUAACAAUUUAAAACAUUAGUUUAAAGAAUCCUACCGAGCCAAGCUUUAAAUCUUCUCUUCACAAUGACAGAAGAGUUAGAAAAAUAUAAUAGAUAAAUAAAUACAUCAAGUAAGAUGCCUCGUUACCUGAGACUGUUAAGGGGAUGCAAGUGCUAGCGAGGAACCACUGCGCCGCGUGUGGAGAUGCAAGUGCAAAGAAUUACCCUCGGGAAGCAUUACAUUAUGGCUGAAAAAGCACGUUUUGUUUGUAACUUUCUAAUUGUAUAGCAUCUCAGUUUUGAAAGGAAGUGCCCUCGUGAAUCCCUGCCCUGAUGACACACGAGUCCAUCACACCACACAAGUACGACAGAACACUUAAUACAAGGUCCUAUACGGCAUAAAGGGUUCCAGUCCUGUCCCUAGCGGGGUACAGUGUUUUGCAGACCACGCCUCUGUGGUGAAAUUUGUUCCAAGCCACCACGAAAUAACUUUGUCACUAAUCAUUGCGAAAAAAAAUAAAAUAAAAUAAAUAAAUAAAUAAAAUAGCAUCGUAUAAGAUCAGCCAGAAUUAUAAUAUAUAUUGAAAAAAAAAAACUCCAUUUUCGAAUUCUGAAGACAAUACUCGGAAUGCUCAAUGAAUGGAAAACGUUUCAAUACAACCAUUCCAUUAUUUCUUCACUAUUUCUUCACGUUUCCUGCGGCGUUCUCAUUUCCGAUAAAAGGAAAGACGCAUCGCAUUUCUCUCUCAUGAGACGUGCAGCACAUCCAUGAAUACAAGACAAAAAGAAAGAUUUUUUUUUUUAAGUUAAUUUAUUCUACGUAAGUGACCCAGAACUGAAAACAGGAAGAGGGAUGUACGUGGUGAGGGAGAGAGAAAACAGAUCCCUGAUGAAGCAGACACGGCUGUCCCAAACGUGUAGUGACAGCCACCAUUGUGUAGUGUAUAACUUUUACUAACACUGUACACUCCAGCAGCAAGACACAACAGCCUGUGAAUAAAUAACUAGGCACGCGGCAAAGUCAGGUAAAAUAAAAACAUCAAAAUAUAAAGCAACCAGAAGGGCAACAUCAGUAAAUAAACCCUGGGCGGUGUUAUCGCGUUAGUAUGCAAAUUAAAGAAGGGAGAAAUGUUACCCCGGCGCUGUUAACAAUACAAACGAUGCAAACCUUUCAUUACGCCGCGCCCUGCUGUGCUGUAUAGGCCGUCCGGACUCCAACAGGUGCUGGAUUUAUGGUGAUCUACUGUACCGCCUCCUGCACCGCCCCUCCAGAAUGUUAUCAACUUUGAGGCGACGGUCCGCGCUGCCAGUCGCACCUCUCUGAUUGGAACUGUGAUUUGACGCGCGCACACACACACACACACACAGCUUCAAAGUACCCGUGUGAUAUCCAGAAGUAAUGAAUGAAAGGAGCAGAUAUCGAGUAAUAUUAAGCACAUGCUCUCGAAACGUUAGCAAGCAAUAGUCAAUACAUCUGCAGCGGGAGUUCUGAGCUAGGAAAUAAUGUUUAUGUGACUGAUUCACGAAGCCUUCCCUACUCACAUCCAUAGAGCGCCGCCUUUAGAUAGGGUACGUCAGCGGGAGACAGAAUGGCAGCUUUAUCUGGAACCAUGAGAAAGAACCAAGAAAUUACAGUUAUAAUCUAAUACAGCGAGAGAUUAUGUCCUUCGCAGUGCCCACGCUAAUCUCAGCCUCCCCCACCUUUCCUGGUCUUCACCGCCAUGUUUCGGGAAAGCCGCUAAUAAGCCUAUCACACUGUAUCAGCGGCACUCAUUGCAUUACUCACUCGGGGAUGUAUUUGGUGCUGCCUUCUAACACAAGGUCGUAUCCUCAAACGUUUCGGUACCUUGUCUCGACUUCUUUCAACAGAUUGCAUUAGAAGUUAUUGGGGGUUUUCAAUUCAAUUCAGCUCUUUAUUCGGAGCAGACACAGUAUUCACUUAUCCCAAACUUAACAUGAUAAAAUUAGUAUUAAUGCAACUUAAUACUGGAACAGGUAAUCAAGUAGGCUAUGCACUUCAUUACUGGCUAACUUACAGUCUAGCUACUUAUCAGAAACUCAUAAAGCUUCCCUCCUCUCGUGACUCGGGGGAUAGUUGAACAAGGGCUCUGCAUCACGAAUAGGAAAAAAACAUGAAAAGACAACAAAUCACAUCAGUGGUCUUUGAAAAAUAGUUCUCAUGAUCCAACGCGUUUCAAAAUACAAGGUUUCAUGUUCUCCGCCAGCCACUGUUUGUUGGCACAUUAAAGAGUAUACAUGCAAUAUUUUCCCCAGUACUACAUUAUUAUAACCGAUUAAAAUGCGUCACAACAAUAUGGUUGUGUGACGCCGUUAGCACAUAAAUGGUAUGGAGGAAAGCAGCACGGACAAACGGACAUUUACUUUCUGCCACGCACACACACACACACACACACACACACACAUAUACGGGCAAGUCAUGUUAUUCACUCUGGCAAAUUGGAUAGCGCUGAGGCCAUUCCCAUGAACACAGUAGCCUGGAGGGGGCGGCGUUCCCCUACUCCUUCCCGUCCCCCUCCGUUUACCCUAUAGAAAUGGACGCUCUCUCUCUCUCUCUCUCUCUCUCUCUCUCUCUCUCUCUCUCUCUCUCUCUCUCUCUCUCUCUCUCUUUCCAUGU